CUUUUUAUGUUCUUCUCAUCUUGCUGCUUCCAAUAUUGCUGCCACUCGAUGUGCCGCUACUGCUGCUGCUGCCGCUGCCGCCGCUGCUGCUGCUGCCGCCGAGUUUUUGGAAAGGGACCAAGAUUUAUGAGACGUAAAACAUCUGAGCGGGUUUUAUCCUUCAAAGCAGGGACGAGUUGGUCGCCUCGCACCGCCACCAGGGACGUUUGGGGCAGCUUCAGAGCAGGCGAAGCAGAGCCAUUGUCGGACUCAGAGGCAACGAAGCCAAAGCAAGGCAGGGCUCAAGGCAGAAAACGUUAUGACCGUGUCUCAGAAAGCGCCCCUUGACAUGAGUUGUGACGUUUUUCAUUUUUUUCUGGUACCCAAGUCCAUAAGCGUAGAUAAAGCGAUCUUGUUGAUAUAAGUAGAUUUUGGAGAAGAAUUCGGGGAAGAGGGAAGAGAUGAAGAUGUGAACGAGAACUGGAACCCUGGAAGCUCGAUGAAGCUCGGUACGGGAGGAAAGAAAAAGAAAACAGACAGCAAGAAGGCCAGGGACACAAGAUGAACAUCGCGCUGCUUUUGUGAAACAAGAUGAACGGAAAACAAAGAAGAAAGAACAUGAGGAAAGGUCCAAAGAAAUGCAAAAGGUUGUUUUAAGAAGCCUUCCAAUUCUAAUAGCGAUGGCCUCCAACCUAAUAGCGAUGGCCUCCAACCUAAUAGCGAAGGCCUUCAACCUAAUAGCGAAGAAAGACAGAAACGAUGUUGCUACAACCCUUGCAAGUCAGUUCCGUGCCACUGCUAUUCUUUGCUCAGCCUGCUGGGCCAACUGGCCCGAACCUUGCGAGGAAAAGCGCCACGGUUGCAUUGCUUCUGUCCGUCCCAGUCGGGGUCAAACCCGAGUUGAACAAAGACUAAGGAGUAGCAGACUCCAAAGUUAGUGGAGUCGUGGAGUCUUGGACAAAUUCCUAUGGUUGGAUUCGACCAUUCCAUCACGUCAGCCAUCCAAAGGCAGGAAAGCAUGGAGGCAAAAUCUACAUCCAUGGCAAAGAUGUCAAGGGUGGUAUGGGGUUUCUUCCUGUUGGCGGCUCUGUGGAGUUCUACGUUUUUGAAGAUGAUGCCGGUCUCGGGGCCGAAGAAUGCGUUUUGACAGAGAAAGGCAAAGGCAGCAAGGGUGGCAAGGGUUGGGGGUGGGACUCCAAAGGUUGGGACAUGAAAGGGUGGGAUAUGGGGAAAGGUUGGGACAUGGGAAAGGGAUGGGACAUGGGAGCUUGGGAAAUGGGAAAGGGAUGGGAUAUGGGAAAGGGCUGGGAUUCUGGCAAGGGCUGGGGUGGCAAGGGUGGGUGGGAUGGAGGUGGCAAGAAAGGCUGGGAUUCUGGCAAAGGAGGUGGGAAAGGGAAAGGUGCUUCAAAAGGUGGCAAAGGGGAGUCAGGUGGCAAGGACCGGAAAGGCAAAGACUCCAAAGAGAGUUCAAAGGGAAAGUCCAAAGGUUCCAGCGGCCUCGAGGUGAAACCAGGUUCUUCUGAGACCCCGGAGGUGGUCUCGGACUGGUCGGGUUACACUGGCCUGUCUGGCGGCCAAGGUUCCCAGGCUCACGUCGACACAUCUAGACUAAAGCCAGCACCAAUAACAGGAUCUCCACCUCCACCACCACCAACUGGUGGUCCAAUGCCGACGAAGCCCGUUGGCGGGGCCAUGAUGCCAGGUAUGGCAUCGCCUGUGUGGCCAGAGGUGAGACCUGGUCCAGCGCCAUAUUUGAUGGGCGGAGUGGGCACGGCACCGGUGCCGGCUAUCAAUAGUGUGCCGGUGAACCAGAUGCCCUACCAGUAUGGCCAGAUGAUGCCAGGUAUAAGCCCACCUAUGCAUCAACCUCUGCCCAUGAAUCCACCAGCUUUGGGAAUGUAUCCCGGUCAUGUUCCACCCAAUCCCGCACAUCCUGUUCACCCUGGUUUGGCACCAGGUCCAUACGAACCAGAGGCUGCUUGGGGACAAUGGAACACUUUGUGAGGCCAUGGAGAGCAGCAAAGUUGGCAAGUCAUUUUCCAAAAGUAGAUGCUUGGCAAGCCGACACUAAGACACCAACCAUGUGGCCUCAAUGAUUUGUAGUCAGGCUGGCCAAGUAUACCUGUAGAUUACUGUGCGCCAUCUGUGUAGGUUGCCACCUUGCGACUGUGCGGCCUUUCUUCCUACAUUUGUUGAAUUCAACUCUCGACAUUUUGUAGCACUUUGUUAGACGGGAUCUUUGCAGCAGCUGUAGCACGUCGCGAGUCUUGCAUUUCUUUGAAAGGGUGUGGCAACAAGGCUCCUGGACUCCUUGGUACCUAGUACCCAUGAUUGAGAUUUCACAUGCCCGUUGGGUAUCGAAAUUUGCGGAAAACGACUGCACUGAAUGCAUUGGAAAGGCUGCUGUUAACAUUCCAUUUGUCUUCGUGGAUGCCUGGACGUUUAGUUCACCUCCAGGAGAAGUUUAGUAUUCUGCCUCGUUUGGCCAACAUCUUCGAC